CGUAAUUUUUCACCGAUUGGAACUAAGAUACAAGAAAAUUUUAUUCUCUUCUCUGUGCAUGCAAAAAGUAAACCUAAACCUAAACAUGGAGACUCCUAACUGGUCGGAGCUCUGUACCGACAUCUUGAGAGUUCUGUUAGAACGUUUGAGUUUUGUAGAUUUCCACCGCGCUAAGACCGUGUGUCGUAACUGGUACAUGUGCUCUAAACAAACGCUGCGGCCAAGAAGUGGAUCACCGUUGCUGAUGAUACUAUCUCCAGAAGAUGAUUAUGUGCUGUUCAACCCUGACGAAGAUAAGGUUUACAAGACAAACAGAGACUUUUCAGGGACACGGUUCCUAGCAAACUCAGGUAACUGUUUCCUAGCCCUAGAUUCUGAAUCGAAUCUCCACAUCGAACAUGUGUUCAACGAGAAGAAGAGGAUCAAACUUCCACCUAUAGAGUCAAUGAAGUCUGACCUUUGUAGUCUUAAACGAGUAGGAGAUAAGGUAUUCAACGAGAAUGGUUUCGCAUGUUUCCCAGAGAAAGGGUUUAGCAAAAGUGUGGAAGAUCUGAGAGGUGUUUUAUGGGUAGAAGAAGACGUGGAGGGCAAGGAACAAGAAUACACUGUUGCUUGGUUUUUUGACAAAGGUGCUGAGUACAUAGCCUUUUGCAAGAACGGUGAUGAUUAUUACCGUACCGUUUCAACACGCCUUGGUGUUCACUACACGUCUCAAGGCAUAUCUGAUAUGAUUCUCCAAGGUGACAUUCUUUAUGUCUACACCACUCGUAAAUACGUUAGACUCCUGGAUUUGUCUGGACAGGAAGGUUUCAAGGAAGUGCACAGGAGGUGUUUUAUAUUACGGUUUCUCCCAGCUGAUCCUCAAAGUGGUGAGGAAAGGUUAAAAGUAAGCUAUAACAUUGCUGUUACAAGAUCAGGAGAGGUUUUGUUGGUUGAGAGCAUUGUUUUAAAGGCAACCAGCUCUGAAAUAAUGCCUAUGAGGAUGUUCCAUGUCUACAAAACAAAUCCUAAUCCAGAUUCUGAAGAUAUUCUCCACAGUGAGAACCUGUCUUUUGAGGUGGAUUCUCUAGGUGAUGAGGAGGCCCUCCUCCUUGAUUCUGGUAUCACUGUGCCUGCUGCACUUGGUAUCCAACCAAACUCCAUCUAUUUCACACGUCAUGACCAUGUCCGUAACUUUGCUCAGGUACCUUCAUCCCCGGACAUCUGUGUUUUCAAUUUGUCGACAAAGAAACUCACACGCUUCCCCAUCCUUUCCUCCAAGGAUGCUCUUUGGUUUCUCCCUUCUUAA